AUGUAUGCAAACCUGCUUGUGAUUUUUGGAACCGUUGUUAUUCCGUUGGUUGUAAUUUCUUUCGUCUGUGUAGUAACGUUCGUCAAUUUUUACUUAAACAUCAGGAGACGAUUUCCUGCAAAAGUAAAUUGCUGGUUUUGUAAUCAUGAUAGCCAUGUCCCUUACGACCAGUCGAAUUCCUUUAUGUGUCCAUCGUGUAAGCAGUAUAACGGGUUUACUGCGGACGGAGAUUACAAUCGAGAAAUACCAGAACAAUACCAGCAACGAAAGAAUUGUUACUAUCAACACCAGCCUUUGAACAUCACUGACGACGAUAAGUGGGAUAAAUCAACGGUUCGCUCGGUAGCUAGUCAAGGACCGUUUCGUAAUAAUAAUGGUCUCUGUUUUGGAUGCAAUCGCAAUCAAGAAUUGAAAAUACAUCAACUAGCUUCGUUCGUUCCAGAAGAUGAGGAUAACUAUGAAACAGAAGUAGAAGAGUAUCGGAAACAACUGGAACAAGCAUAUAAACUAUGUGGUCGCUGUGAACGUGUCCUGAAACGCACGCUUAACGAUGUGAAGCGUAACAUUCUAGGAUCAAAGCUGUCUCAAAUCGGAAGUAAAAGCCUGAAUGUCCUUGACAUGCACAUGCGUAUUUCGGCGAAGCAGAUUGUACAACAAAAAAGGCAAAAAUGGGCAAAAUUAUGUGUAUGGGCUGUCAGCUCUCUACUGUUGAUAAAACUGUACCAAGACUUUUCCAACUCGAAUUGGACUGUCACAGAUCUCAUGAUGCUAUGCCCAAAGCCACUGCUAACUGGAAUCACAAUGGUGUUUUCGUACGUACUUGCCACACGUGCUCUGCUUUGGAGGCAGUUCGAACUCGUACUAUCGGAACCCACUGUUCAGCAAACGACGGAUCGCAUUCAAUCUUUUGGAGACGAGAUAUUCCAUCAUUACGUUCCACAAUUGGUUCAAACCUCCGCUCACUAUUUUGAUUCAAUGACGAAUCAAACGCAAGAUAAUGCUAACUCGUCACUUCUACUGAACUUUGCCAUCGUUGCAUUAGCGUCGUUGUUAGUUUCAUUAGGGAAUCAACGGACCGUCAUUAAACAAAUUAUUAUCGUUGUGUUCUGCCUCGCGGAUAUCGCCCUGAAAUACAUUCAGUACCAGGAAUCGUCUAUUCCUAUCUGUUUACUUACUGUUACCUCUUUGGGACUAUCGCUUAGUUGCAUCGGACAACGAUUAAUACGCUGCGGUGUGCCAACGAGCAACCUAAACUCCAGCUUUCACAAAAUUUACUCGCAACAGUGCAGGGAAACCGAUUAUACCGAUAACGACACCACCGCCAGCGAACAAUCAUUUGUAUUAGAACAGAAUACGACGAACGAGUUUCCCAUAACUGCCAAUACUGAUAUAACGCCAAAUGCUCACCGGUUUCCAAAGGAGCCACCAACAUCAAUACCCAACAUUUGCAGUGACAAGAGCAGACAAUCAUUAGACACAACAAAAUCAGGCAGUCCAUCCAAUUUUUCUGUUUCUCCGACAAAUCCUUUCUUCAUGCCUUCCUUUACCGAAGGACAAUCCCCAACAAGACUAAACAAAAUGAGCGGAUCUCUGUUCAAUGUCACUACAGGAGAAGUCGGGCGUAGCGCAAUGGACAACGAUUCGAUAUUCAAGCAAAGAAAUAUUGCGCAAAAUAAUUCCGGAUAUUCUCUACUAAAAACACCCUCGUUUUCAGUGGACAACUUUCAGACUAUGGCUUCUAAGCAAUCGCACCGAUACAAUUAUCGACUUUCCGGUCCACCAUCUGUUAUUGCUGGCAGUCACCGGGAUAGGGAUUUCAACAGACACCGUUACUCAAUGAACACAAUAAAUCAAGAAGAAGAUCGAUCUUUCCGUCUGGAAGAUCCUUUAAUAGAGGACGAUAUCGAUCGCUUAUCAAUCAGUGGACGUGCGUCGUUAAACACAUCGGGAUUGCUCGGUAGUCCUAUGUGGCUGGGACACAACAAUCCGUUUGCACAAAUGAAAACGAUCGAGCAGAAUAAGGAGCAAGAGGUUGCACAACCCUCCUCGUCCUUGCGACAACGGCGCUUUUUCCGGCCACCCGAACCACUAGCUAAGGAUUUGCUAUGGACGGGACUUUCUCACACGGGAGACACGGGUAAUCAGCAAACGCAAAUGUCCCGCACCUCUUCGCAAAGUUCCGGCUUCGAAUCGCAAGCGGGAACGACACGCCGAAACACCCCUACGGAAUCGGACGUUCCAUCGGGGUGUGUCAAUGGCGAGACUCCAGUGGGUGCGGGAAAUUUCAUCAUCUCGCCAAGAAAUGAGCAGCCAUCACCGGUGCCGUCGUCGGCGUCCAUGUUCGAACGGAAUACUAUCGGCACGUCGUUUGGCAAUCACCGUCAGGACACCUCGCAGCAACGGUCACUGUUCAAUGAGCAAAAUUUGUUUAAUAAUGCUCUCCAAAUGCAAUCAUCUGCCGUCGGAGGACUAUUUUUCCCGAAGAUUUCCCGUACCUCUACCGUCAGCAACACAUCUGGGUCGACAGCUUCGUCCGUAGCUUCGUAUAACACGCGACACAUUUUCGCACCGCAGCAAUCGAAAACACCGUCUUAUCAUCAUCAGUAUAACCACAGUCCAAUCGGAGGACCAAUGAAUGCUGCCCAAAUCCCUAGCGAAACGUUCGGAACUUUAGGGUUUAUAAACAAAACAUCUUCUUUAGCAUCGCUCACUGGAAACAGUUUCUUUACCUCAGCAAAGUCCACUGCCAGGGGCACACCAAGUCUGCUGAAUCUUAGCAAAUUAACGAAUGAGAUAGAUGACGGUCCACUGCCUACUGCCUAACCGUUAUGGCGUUAAACCAAUAGUUAGGCCAAACAUAAUGUUGAGGGGAAACGUCCCCUUCGUGCAUCAAAGUGUGAUUAUAAACAUGUGUUUCAUUUUCGUAUUGCAUAUUUUAAAAGAAUUAAUACUCAUCAUCAUCGGCGA